AUGUAUGUUCUAGAUAAAGAGCUUAUCAACAUAGCUCCAGCGCUCGAUCAUUUGAAUAGCCCUGUUGUCAAAAAGGUCAACCCAGGAUUGAGUUCAUUCCAGGAUCAUCCCUAUGAUGCAGCCGAAUAUGUAAAACCAUUGCUUGAUUAUGCAUCGCAGUUUAUACCCCAUGAUAAACUACCGUAUACACCGGUGUUUCUACUAGCAACGGCAGGAAUGCGGCUCGUACCAGAAGCGCAACAAAAAGCUAUUCUCAAUGAUCUUCACACGAAACUUCCGCAGAUGACGCCGAUGCAGUAUAUGUUACGUUUCUUACAAAUGAACAAAUUUAAAAUGGGAAAUUCUUCAAUAAUCUCACGACCUGAAACCGUAGGAAUGAUUGAUAUGGGUGGAGCAAGCAUGCAAAUUGCGUUUGAAAUGGAUCAGAAGGACGAGUUUAGAAGUGAAAACGUAGAAAACGUUCUAACUUCACUUCAGAUCAAUCUUGGUUGUCGCGACGACGACGACAGAUACAAGUACAAGCUUUUCGUCACAACAUUCCUCGGAUACGGUGUGAACGAAGGUUGUUUUUUAAGUUCUAAUUUCGGAUGA